GAUCCCUGGCAGAUUUUACUGAAGAAACAUCUUAGAGAUUCGUCGCACUUCUAAGAUUCAUAUUUACACUUUGGAGUUGUCAGCCUUCUUAUAAGAUAUAUUUUGGUAAUCAAAAUGAAAGCUUUCUUUGAAGUUUUAGAACAAUUAUACAAGAAGGUACUUUUUGGAGCCACACUUGAAAGUGACAGCCAUGAUUACAUCAUUUAUCUCAACCCAGCGUUUUCAGAUCAAGAUUGCUCUACAACCGCCUCCUCAGAAUGCUCCGACACCCUUGGUGUCCAGGGCAAGUGUCAGCCAUCCUCUCUCAGUGUCGCUACCAUUUCUGUAGCACCUGUGUGUUUGCAGAGAUGCCCUGAGAUGAGCAGUGCCCGAGAAACAGUGCUCCUUCAGUUAACGGUGAUCAAAGUGAUGGUAACCAGGAUAUUGUCUGUCGAAACAGAGUUCCAUGCAAAGGAGAAAUACAGAGAAAUAAUUAAAAUUCUUUUAAAGUCGUCCGAUGUUGAUUCUAAAUUAACCUGUAUGUUCCAAAACUCAGAUAAAUUGUUAUGUCACAUGGCUGCCAAGUGCCUUGCAUUACUUCUUUAUUUCCAGUUGAGAGAAAAGAUAACAUUAAAUAAUUCCUGGAUUUCUUUUUGCCAAAAAAAUCUUUCUGAAUACUCUGAAAGUGAUAAAGUAGUAUACUGCCUCUGGACUCUUACUGCUGUAAUAAAAGAAAUCUUUAAAGAUACAUGUUCACAAAAAACAGAAAUUCUAAAGCAGUUCCUGACUCCUUUUCACACUCUUUUUGAAGUUUUUUACAAUUCCUUAUUUUCUCAGCAUUUUGAAAACCACAAAGAUACUUCUAAAAUAAUAAACAGUUUGAUAUGUUUCCUGGAAUUGCUUGAACUUCUUGUAGCCUCCAGAAUCCACCUGAAGUUACAUUUCACUUGCCAGAGGAUUUUAUUUUUGAAACCUUCUUGUGUGCUAGACGUUAUUACCUGGCCUGUUCCAGCUUUUGUCAAAAGGAAGUUCAUCAUAUUCAUCAAGAAGUGCCUUCUCCGGAAAGUGGGUGAAGACCUUUGUCGGGGAUCUGUCCUUGCCUUCGUGCUGCCAGAUCGUCAUUUAGAUGUGGACUUGCUGGCUUUAGCUGGUGCUGUUUUGCAAGCUGUGGAUUUGGGCUUAUUGAGGACAUUGUCUGUCCACGGAAAACCUUCCUGCUUUGGAGGCGGUGAAGUUCAACCUGGACGUGAGCGUGUCCCUGGUCCAGAUCAUGUGGUCCUUAGAGCAGCGAGCUUACUUAUUAUUAAAUCCUUAGAAAUCAAGUUUCAAAACUGUGCUUCAGCAAAUCAAAUGAAAGUUGAUUUACAGAGGUUCAUGUCUGAGUUACUGACCUUCUUAAAGCCUCACCUUCAGCCCUCUCUGCAAUCACACAGUCACUGUGAGUGGUUGUCUCGAGUCUUCAUAGAACAAGACGAUGACAUGCUGGAGGCUGCCAAAGCAUCAUUGGGCAUCUACCUGAAGUUGACCAGAGAAUGUGAAGCUACUGAAAGCUUGACCCAAGAAAAAGAAAUGUGGAACCAUCACACACAUGAAAAUGGCUAUAAUCCACACUGUAUUUUCUUAUUCUUAUUAAAAAAUAUAGGAUUUGAUUCUACAGUUCUUCUUGACUUUUUGAUUUCAUCAGAAACCUGUUUUCUUGAAUAUUUUGUUAGAUAUUUAAAAUUACUGCAAAAAGACUGGGAUAAUUUUUUCACCAUUUGCAAGUACUUUGAUGUAACUGAAUCUAGAGAUAGCAUAAACAUUUGUGGUUGUAUCUUCUCACUUGUCCAAGACAAAAGCAGCAACCAAACAGGACCUAGUCCUUUGGCUGCUCUUGGUAGUCACAGAAAUGCUCAUGCUUGGGUCUCCUGGGCUUCUGAUGCUGCUUCUGAACCAGUGAACCAGGUCGUGAUGUCCGAGGAGACCCACGUCACACCCCAGGCUAAUAGUCUGUCUCCCACACGAGCUUCUCAAAGUCUGGUAGAUUAUGACAGCUCUGAUGAUUCUGAAGUAGAAUCCACAGACCAAAAUUUAUCAAGUGGUGAACAGACAUCUUUAUACCAAGAAGCAAUGAAGAAAAUUCAGGACACAGUUGGAACAAGUAGGAAUAAAAAAGAACUUAGCCUGGAGGUUCAGUCAAGGCCUCUGGUUCCUAAAGAAUCUAAUACUCCCUUCUCUGUUGAUUGUGACAUAGCCCCAAAUAACAUUGUCUCUGAAGUGGGAAUAUCUUACAGAACAGUAAAAUGCUUUGAAGAGCUACAAGGAGCCAUUUACCGUUUGCAGAAGAAAAAUCUUUUCCCAUAUAAUCCAACAGCGCUUUUGAAGUUGUUAAAACAUAUUGAUGCAAUAUAUAAUAAAAAUAUGAACCGUUUGUGAAACAGUGGCGUUUUAUUUCCAGGAACUAUUCUUUCCUAAUAUAAAUUGUGCCUCAAUGAGAUAAUAGUAAACAAAAGAAACGUCAAAAGGGUUUUCUAAAUCAAGUCUUGCUGCUUUUUGGAAGCAACCUAGUGACUGAAAAAGAUAUAUCAAAUAAAAAGUUACUCGAUACUGUUGCACACCACCUGAAAUUUAUGGUAGUUCAAACUUAUACAGAUUUGGGAUGGUUAUUGUAUUAGUUUGCUAGGGCUGUUAUAACAGAUUAUCACAAACUUGGCAGCAUAAAACAACAGAAAUUUAUUCUCUCACAGUUCUGGAGGCUAGAAGUCCAAAAUCAAGGUUAAUAGGGCCAUGCUUUC